AUGCGCAUCGCCUACCGUUUCACCUUCCUCCAGUUUCAUGAGGACGAGAGUGAGGAUGAGGAUGACGCUGCACAGGGUCGAGCCCACAGUGCGCCGCCGCGCUUAGGCUUCACGGCGGAAAUCACUCCGGCUAUCGGUCCUGGCUCGGCAGGCGUGGGCGCAUUCGCGAAUUUGCAAGAUGCAGAAGGAGGCGAUGGCGGUACUCCUUUUGCCGCAGUCGGCGAUGGCGGUGCCGCUGUUGCCUCAGUCCCGCAGGACUGUGACGACACCUCUUCAUCGGACGAGGAGCCAGCCAAUAAGUGCAACCAGCACAGCGAGGGAAGCGCUGGACAUCCCGUGCAGGAUUCCCCGACGUUGACGCGAUCUUCGACAUCCUUGAGUGGGAGUGGGAGAUCCAGCAGGGGCAUGCUGCUCGGCUUGAUUCCAGUGGCACAACCGCGACGGGAUCUUCCUCCAGCUCCGAAGGCGUCGCGCCCGGCGCCGCGCCCGUGUCGGGGAGGCUGCGGCAUCUGCUGCACCAUCUGA